GACCAUUCGAACCACUUGAUAUGUAGGUCACUUGGGUCAAAGUAUGGCGCGUGUAUUAAGAUGUAUCACUGUCAGACAAAUCCACCAGACGGCUGAUCUUCAAGUUGGGGGGUUAUUUAGGGCUAGACGUCGGUUGCCUCCCAGUAACAACGAGUGGGGACCUUUAACCGAUUUGCCUGACUACAUUGUCAUAGGAAAGGCCAACCCUCAAUUUACAAGCCAAGGGCAAAGGCGACGAGCUAUUCAGCAAUACAAAGUAUCUAACAAAAUAAUCCAAUUAGUUGGAGAAAUGAAAGAAACUCAAGAAAAGCAUGCUAGGAAUAUGGAAAUGAAGGAGAACAAUGCCAAAAUAUUAAAGCAGCAGUGUCUUCGAGAGAAAGGAAAUCGAAGUGCAUAAAUAUUUGACUAGCAUUGGUUUGCUAAACUUCUACUUGAUACCUAGGCACUUUAUAAAUAAAACUUAAAUUAUUCUUC